UUGUUUUUUGUUUGUCGUUAGUUGUUUGCUGUAUUUUGAUAUAUAUAUUCAUUUGUAAAUACUCGUUUUAAAUGUAAAGUUUAAUUUUUUACUAUAAUUUCAAAAGUAGUACAGCUGUUAUGAAUAAAGAAGAAAUCCAACGAAAUAUUUAUUAUUCCGACAGAUAUUAUGAUGAAGAGUAUGAAUACCGGCAUGUAGUUCUGCCAAAAGAAAUGGUCAAAUUGGUACCAAAAACGCAUUUGAUGUCAGAAAAAGAAUGGAGAGAAAUUGGUGUACAGCAGAGCAAAGGUUGGAUGCAUUAUAUGACACAUUCCCCAGAACCACACAUUCUACUCUUCAAAAGGCCCAUCACAACACCACCACCACCAAAAGAGAAUCAGUGAGGAAUCCGUAUGUGUAGAAGUAUCCUAGUUGGAUUCAUAAUAAAAACUGAAUAUUUUUUUAAUGUGUAACUUCAUCCUUUUUUUUGAUUCCAAAUAUGUUUUAUCAAUAAUCACAUUGUAGAAUGAUUCCUGUUAUUUAUUUUUCAUUUAUAGAAGCAUAAGGAUGUAUGAACUGUUUUUACAUUGAUAAAAGGCUGUAAUUAUUUAUGUAGUAUAUGAAUUAUAGCAAUA